AUGGGAAAGCUUCGGCCAGACAAGGACCCGGACCUGUUCCGCUCCGAGACUCGGCUCAGCGGCCAGGGUUGGAGGGCUGGUGAAGGAACUGGACAGAUGUUGAUGCGCAUGGAUGUGCGCACUGGACAGGCGGACCUUUCAGACACAACAGCAAUAUCUAUUCUGUUUGCCGACUUCUACGUUACCGCGGGGAGGGAAGGCACGACAGGCACGACCUCAGGCUUCGUGAAGAUGACCCCCACCGACGCUCAAAAGAAAUGGAACUCCAAGAUGAGGAUGAGCGGCGAGGCCUUGGACUGCCUGGAGAAGGGAUGCACCGAGUGCGACACCAACUUCAGCGACGCCAGGAAGAGUGACCCGCAUGGCGGCACCGUGCACUUCAACGGGCGUCCCAGGGACAAGCUCUUCCAGCGGAUCUCCGCAUAUGAGGAUCAGAUGCCCAAGUAUUUGACCGUCACUGAGGCAUGGCGCAUGGCUUGUGCUUGUGAGAUGAACGGAGAGUCCAUGAAGUCCUUACCUUGUCAAUUGCCUCAUUCUACAACGGCGGUGGAGUUUAAUGGUAUGCUGAAGCUUUGGAAGUUUGAGCGGCCGUCCAUGGUGAGCAAGAGUAUGGCGCAGCAGUGGAUCCAGCGACGUUUGGAGGACACCUACAUCGGAGAUGGCACCUCCUUGCGUGGAAUCUCCGGUGGGCAGAAGCGGCGCCUGAGUUUGGCCAAGCGCUUGGCGAGCGGCUCACAGGUCUUCUUCUGCGAUGAACCCACGAGUGGCCUCUCGGCCACGGAUGCAGAGGCAUGCAUCCGGUAUAUGAAGCACAUCGCUCGCUUCUACAACGUCAUUGUUUUGGUGGUGAUUCACCAACCCAGGAUAGAGGUCGCCCAGCUCUUCGACGAGCUCGUCUUGAUGACGGCGAACCCUGGCCGGGCCGUCUACAAUGGCAAGAUGGAGGAUGUGGAAGACUACUUGCACCAAGUUGGCUUUGACGUGCCCAUGCACGCCAAUCCGGUGGAUUUUUUCAUGGACCUGGUCACACCAGAUGCCAGCAACUCUCAAGUGGACCUCUUUGUGGAGCAGUACCGAGAUCGCUUGGAGCCACGAGUGCUCAGAGAAGUGGAACGAGGCGCGGUGGGCCAGAAGGCGCCAACGAAGGCGGAGAAUGAGGACUCUGCGGCCACGCGCGAGCGCCGUGAUCGAUGGCCUUGGUUCGGCCUUGGCUUGGAGCUGGAGAUGCCCAGCGCCCUGGAUUUGCUGGAGAACGUCCGCGCACAGAUGCUGGAGUCCCUUGGUGCCUGUUCUUUUUCUGCUUUUCACUGCCCUCGCGCGGAGAGUGUAGGGGGUGGAGACCGGGAUGCCGUCGCGCGACCUGGGUCGCGGCUGGGUUUUCAUGAAGGGAACCUCGGGGGCCGGGAGCUGGGGCGAGUUGGAAAAGAUGUGACGAAGAAGCCAGGCGUGUGAUCAUUUGGGAGGAAGAGAAGUGUUUUUGGUCGACGUCUGCCACACACAGUGCGAGCUUUGCGAGCUUAGCUGUGUCGUGAAAGACUAGUGAAGGCAUGAGAAGAUCAUCAUCAAAGACUGCUUUAACGCAAGACGCGGUAUAGUGCAACUUGAGACAAUCAGCAGAAGGGGGCAAGAUUUGUACAUGCCUUUGUGAAGACGAGUCAACUUCAAACACAG